UUCAUUACAUCCAGAGCGCACCAGCUGGGGGGAAGUAUUCACCUGUGCGCCGCCAGGACGAUUUCACGAGGAUUUUCAUUUAUUUUCAGCAGACUCCGUCUUAAAGGCGCAGUGAGGGACACGGAACCAGAAUCUGUGUCGGACCCCCAACACCAGCACCACCAGCCCCGCUGCUCUUGUCCUGCACGCCGCACAAGUUUCUUCCACAGAAACUGACCCUCCACAUCCGAAGGUCUUCUCUCCAUUUCUUUCCCUUUUUUUGUAUAAUUCUUUUUUGAACAUUCACUCCGGAGACAGAGGGAGAGAGAGAGAGAGCUUACGCCUGGUUUCAUAAAGAGGACCGUGUUCAACCAUGGCGAGACGUGACGGCCGAAAUUGGCAUGACUGCCCAGAAAUGAUCGGGCUGCUCUGCCUGGUCGCGUCGAUACUCCUUCAACACGGAGCCUCAGGUCAGCGGGUGAAGGUGGAGCCGGAGGUGUCGUCCUAUCCUGGCCAGACAGUCAACCUGCGCUGUGCCUUCACGGAUGCCACUGGGAUUCAGCUCACAAUGGUGACGUGGAUCUACGAGCCGAAGGAAGGUGAGAGGAUCAACAUCGCUGUGUUUCACCCCAACUUCGACCCCAACUACCCCGAUUCACCCGUCAAGGGCAGAGUCAGCUUCACACCCAGUCCCCCUAGCCUGGCCAGUCCCUCCAUCCAGAUAAGCGAUGUUAGGAUGACUGACGAGGGGAAGUACAUCUGCGAGUAUGCUACCUACCCCAGUGGCAAUGAGCAAGGCAUCACAUACCUGGUCAUGCUGGCUAAGCCUCAGAACUCGGCCUCCAUCGUAACAGUGGAAGCGGGCACUAAGCCGGUCGUCGUAGCACGCUGCGAAUCCUUGGACGGCCGCCCCGCUGCUCAGAUCACAUGGGUGACCACAGCCAAUGGAAACGGGACAACCGUGUCCAAGGCGGGUGCUGACAACACGGUGACCAUGACCAGUGAGUACCGCAUGGUCCCCACAGCAGCGGACAACGGGAAAGACAUCAGCUGCGUGGUGGCGCACAGGACCCAGGUCAAACCUGAAAGCUUCCCCAUGAAGUUAGCCGUUCAGUAUGCCCCUCAGGUGACAAUAGUGGGUUAUGACAAUAAUUGGUACUUGGGUCGGACAAAUGUGGUGCUCACCUGUCAGGCAACUGCAAACCCCAUCGCGCUCUCCGUCCUAUGGAAGACCCUUUCAGGAGAGAUUCCAGACACGGUGCAGAUCAGCGGCAACGAACUGAAGGUACUGAAGGUGGACGACGCUGUAAACACCACUUUUGUCUGUGAGGUCAAGAACCGGAUCGGGGUCGGCAAGGACCAGGUCACAGUCAUUGUCAGAGAGCCCUCAGUGAACCCAUCCAAUGCCGGCGUGGUGGCGGGAGCUGUGAUUGGCUCCCUGCUGGCUCUCCUUUUGGUUGCUGCUCUCGUCGCCGUGCUCAUCACCCGCAGCCGCAGGCAGCAGCAGGGUUACCGUGCCAACGGCGGCAGCGACAUGAAGACGCGCAUAUUUGGCGGCGGCAAGAAGGCCAGCAAGAACGGCACGGGCGGAGGAGCGGGAAGCGGCGGCGUGGGGGGCGGUAACAACAACGGACCCAUCUACGUUUACAAUGAGAGCUCGUCCCAUCAGGGCCUCGGAGAGAAAAACAACCACCACCAGCCCCUCACCAUGGGAGGCCGGCCUGAAGUUGUUGCCACUACACCCACCGCCCAGGAUAUCCUGCUGAGCAAUGAAUUAGAUGACGCAGAACGGAGGAAGUUUGACGAGCUUGAGGCGGAGGAGAGGUAUGACCACUUCUCUGGUGGAGCCCCCAUCCUUCAGCUUCGCCCACCUCACGACCAGGACGAUAUUAUUGGCGACUAUCUGGAUGAUGACAUGGAGUCCCAGCGGGAUGGCUCGGUCAUCUCGCGGACUGCUGUCUACGUAUAGAGGAGAUAAAGAGGAGAAGGAGGAAGAGGAAAAAAAAAAUGGAAGGAUGGAGGAUUUCCUCCUGAGGAUUUUGUGGCUCCAGGGGUCUCUCCCCCUGUCUGAUAGAGAAGAGAAAAUAAUACCACUUUUAUUUUUGAAAUUGAUUUUAAAUAUAGCCUAUUAUUAAUCACAGUGCAGCCCCCAGAAUGGACUGAAUGAGCAGGAGAGUGUGGUAUUCAGAAAAGGAGCGUUGCUGUUAUCUGGUCCCUAAGAACUGAAAAUCAAACAGAGAAAAGAAACAACCUGUCUCCCGCUGCUUCUGCACAUGCUACCGCUAUCACUGGGACCUUGACAAGGACUCUUGACAGACAGACUAAAAGAGAGAAACUGUGUAGUGUGGAAGUAAUGGAUUCAUGAUACAAGCUUGGCUAUAGAGAAAGCAACUCACUUGCAUAUUCACUCUUAUCUUCACCAAAACAGUAGAAGUGUAAGGGGUUGUCAACCGCUUACGUGUUGCCUGCUAUUCUCAGUCCUCCUGUGGGAAACCUUUUGUUUUGGUAAAGCGAUGUGCUCUGACAGCUGGUGGGUAGUUAGUAGCUAGUGAUGGGUUGGGAGGGAAACAUUUGAAGGAGUAGACGGUAAACAUCAGGUGAUUUCAAGAAAAGAACAAUGUAUUUGCUCUCGUCUGCUGGUUUUCAUUUCUGCUCUCUCUGCCUUUCUCGCAAACUUAGAAAAAAACAAAACAUUUCUGCAAACUAACAGCGACUGUAGACACUCUUGAUUUUACACAAUUUAAAGGAACACGGGGUCCUUGUGUGCUGCGCAAACACAAAGAGCAGCGGAGUUACACAAAGUAAGUUUGCGGCGAGUUUGAAUUCAAGCUCAUGACAAAGUAUUCACAUGCAAACUUUCUCACUGUGCCUGGAGGUAAGGAGACGGUAAACAAGAGAUGAGGGAGUGAGGUGUAGCCGAUCUGACAGGGUCAAGGGAUGGAGGGAGGGAUGCAGGAGGACGAGAGAGGAGCACGUCUCUUCUUUUCUCUUCCUCCUCAUGCGCAUCUCCUCAGAGCGCUCCUGACAGGAGGAGCUUGAUUGGUAAUGAGCCGUGAAGUCGCUCGCUUAGCCGGGACCAACAGAUUGCCACCACUUAUCGUUUAUGACGUGGCAAUUCCCCCCCACCAGCCCCCCUCACCUCUAUCUCUCCAUCACCCCUCCGCCUCUCCCUCUCUCCCUCUCCCUUCAUCCCGCACUCCCAGUGUUUAUGGGGAGUUUAUGAUUUAUCCAGGGCAGAGUCGAGGUCAGGGCCACAGAGAGCAGGGGAGUAUUUUACUGCUCCUGAUGUGUCAAACGCCCCACUUACUCUAUUCCAGCUCGGCCUGCCAUGACAUGCCAGGACUGACUAAUUCACCUGGAGUGGCCACGUUCCGUCCGCCGCAUGGACGCUGCAGCUUCCUCCUUUUCUUUAGCAAAUUGCUGGAUGUAACAGAGCCCCAUCUCUAAAGAAACGGCUACGUUAGGUUAGAUAGAUUUUCUAUGAGAUCAUGCAAUAUCGCUCUCCAUUAAGCGGGCGUUGUUAAAUGUCUUGAAUUGAUCGGGAGACAUAAAAGGUUUUUGUUCGCAGCAACGAUAUGAGAGUCAUAUUGACUAACAGGCAACAAGCAGUGAAAUGGCCCUUUAUGAUGCGGCUCCAGGGCUGAUUGUCUCCUGACUGUUAAUUUAUCCUUCUAACGAGCCACCGGAGGCUCGCUCAGGCAAAUAUUACUUGUGGCUACUGUACACUGCUGUCUGCGAGGCUCAUAGUGUGCAUCGUCUCGUAUAUCUACAUAGCCACUGGAAGACUGUGAUGGACAAUCUUGGAGAGCAGCGCUCCUGCAGCUCCUCUAAUCAUGCUUUUCCUGACCUUCUAACGAACUCCCCUUUGACCCCCGGGAAUCUGGUGAGAGCAGCUUCUUCUCGAUGACUGUACUGGCCUCUUGUAAGGCCCAGCUAAGAUCUGGGUUGCAGUUCGCUGCAGGUCAUGAGGUGAAAUGCAGGGUGACCCACUGCCAAGGGCGAGGAAGACUCUGCGCCCGCCCGCAUCUCUAAUCAAAGCUGCUUUUAACCUGCAACCAUAGAUGCAAGAAACAUACAGCGCAGGCAACUAUUGGGGGGGGGGUCUUUGCGAUAGUGAUAGCUGUUAACCUUCAGAGAGGGCGGAGAGAAAACAGGAACGAGACUCAGGAGGCAGACGACAAAAACGGAGACAGCUUUUAGUGUUCGCGCACCGUCUAGCAUAUUGUAAGCCAGUGUGUUCAAUAGGAUUAUCGUUUAAUGGCCUUAGCUUAUACAUAAAUGCAAACUCCUGUCAACCGAGGGUACAGUACAUUUACUGAACACAACCGAUUUGUCACGACCACUCAAAAUAAAAAAUGUAUUACUUAUUUUUGCACUUGUGUGUGUCACCGCUACGGAGAGAAAUACGAGUGUAAUACUGUGUAUGGGGUGAAAAUAGCGAUAAGGGACAAAACUGUUUGUAUGUACAUUUUGGUGUGAGGUAUCUGUGUACUAUAUAUGUAAGCAUCUUUAUUUUUCUUGUGAAAAUGUCGAUAUUUAUGAAAAUUGUAAAUAUCAGAUCGAUGGAGCCAGUGUUGCCGGUGUUGUGGAAGUAAAAGAGGAAGGCGUUCUGGGGUCGGCCAAGUUCAAAUGUCUCAAAGGGCAUUCAGAAUGUAAUUUUUAAUCCAAUGAAUACCUCAGUGGUUUGGGUGUCACAACACGCCGAACUGGCUGAGCUGAGUUUACCUAAAGCCUGAGAGUCGAUUUGUAUUGGAGGGAGAAAAUUAUAUAUACUUGUAUAAUUUGUCUUUUUGUUGAAGUUCGCAUUGCCUGCAUUUCCACAUAAUAAGCACACUACAUUCCUUUGCACAAUUGGCUUCUCCUCUCUUUGACAGGCACCCUGCACAAUGCAAAAAUACCCACAAUACUCAUAAUUUAUCAGGUAGACCGAAACCACACAAGCGACGGCUUGUGUUAUGUCUGACUCAGCUCCGUGUGUGCGUGCGUGUGUGUGUGUGUGUCCGUCUGUAUUUGUGUGUGUGGAGUUGAGUCGGUGUGUAUUUUCGUGAUGCUCAGGGGCUUUGGGACAUCUCUCACUGCCAUGGGGACCGUAACCUGAGUAGCCACCCUUUGUCACCACGGAGAAACUAGCAAACUGAAGACAUUAUUGUGCAUUUGGAAGACACAUUCCCCUGCACGCACACACACUUACACACACACAUACUGUACAUAUACAUGCGCUGAAUGCAGAGAAACAUUCGCCCACACACAAACACCCCUCAGUCACUCUCAUUAUGCUCACUCCCACAGCCAAACUGUGCAGAAGGCACCUCAUACCUGACAGCCCUGCCAUCUCCUGACAUGAGCCCACACAAACGCGCUCGCAUAGCUGCACACACACACACACACACACACACACACACACGAAAAUGCUUCUUCUUCUUUCCCCACUUCGUGCUCAGUGGCUCUGUCAGGACAUAUACCGUGUCCUGUUACUGUGGGAAGAGCCGCGGCAUGAUGUGUCCCCUGCUCCACUGCUUUCUAUUCCCCAAAUAGUCCGACCCCUUCCCGAAUCAAUGACCACGUAGAACAGAGAACACCACACGUUCAGGGACACACACCUUUCACCCACAGUGUCAGAGAAACAGGCUUUUUAGGAAACUGUUUGUCCACAUCGCUUUUGUUUUUAUACUGGAAAUAUAGCUUUCAUAAAAAUGCAACUGUCCUGACCUUCCUCCCCCUCUCGGAUCCCCGUUUGAAUGCUUUUAGAGAGUCACAACUUUCUUCUCCUCUCCAAAAUGUUGUUUUUUUGCCUUCUCUCACUUCAGCCACCUCCGCUACCGCCACUGCCUUCACACACGCAGACACACACACACACACACACACACACACACACACACACACACACACACACACACACACACACCAUUGCCACCCACCUCAAGUAAGGCUUGUCUGACAAAAUGCUUUUAGAGAUAUCCACGAUCCUGGCCCCGGGUCUAGCACAAGGUUAGACGGUGAAAAUACCCAAUAUUUUUCUUCCAAAAAGCUGCAUACUGUUGCUACUUCUUCGGCUCCAAACAUCUGAUGACUAAUCAAAGCCUUAACAUCUCCCAUCUCACUCGCUAAAAGAGGGGAAAAAAAAAGUGAAAACCUUCCUGUGUAUAUAGUAUAAAUAUAUAAAUAUGUAGCAGAGAAAAAGAAUUACUAAUUUAUGGUGUCACGUUUGUGUAUUUCUCAGUGACAGCAAGCAUGAAGGAUUUAUUUUCUCCUAUUACAGUUUCUCCUCUCUUUCUGUUAUUUUGCAGUGCUUUAUAAUUUAUGUUUUCUGAGUGCUUUAUUCUUGACUGCUGCGCUGUGAUUGCUGCCAAAACUGGCAAAUGUGCUUCUUCUAUACAAAAAUGAACUGUACACACAACAGAAGUCUUACCCCCAAAAUGUGCUUUUUAUUAUCGACUGCUCUGUGUAAAAGUUGUUUUUUGCUUUUUGUAUUUUUUAAUUUUGAAAUUUUCUUUUUGGUCUUCUUGAGAAACAAACAAACAAACAAACAAAAAAAAAAACGGAAUUAGAAUUGUUGUCACCAUUUUUGUCGUGUCUUUCUAUAUUUUUUCGUAUUUGGUUGCUAUUAAAGAUCUCUUGAUUUUUGAAAUGUU